GACAGCCAGCCCGAGACACGACGUCGUCUUUGAAAAUAGCUGCUGGCACAAAAGUCUGCCAUCCUCUUUUGUCUCUACACCGCCGUCUUUUCGACUCCACCUCUCUCUUUCUCUCUCUCCAUCCAGUCAUAUCUAUCCUCCUCCUCCCCCUUCUCGCGCCGUUUCUGACCUCAUCUACCGCUACUACCGUCCAUCUUCCCUCUCUUGUCAUGGCCAGCGAAGCACGGCCGUUUUACGUCCUCAUCACCCUCUUUGCUUUUGUCCACAUCGUCACCCAUCUAUGGCCAAAACAUCACUCGCGACCCCCUGGCGGAAUCGCUGCUCAUCUGUUCAAGCGGGCUGAUCCUGCCGACGGGUCUCAGUGCGAAGAUGUGUGGAGCCAUAGCGACCACUGCGCAUACGUACAAGGAUUUUGCGCUGACUACCAUGCCGGGUUGAUCAACUACCUUCACUUUUACUUUUGCGACCUGAGCGCACUGCACACACUCGCCUGCAUCCUCUUGGCUAUAUGGAUGGUGUUUCUGUUUGCGCUGGUCGGCAUUGCAGCAUCGGAUUUCUUUUGCCCCAACCUCAAUACCAUCGCCAAAAAACUCCAUUUGUCCGAGAGCAUGACAGGUGUAACGUUCCUUGCCUUUGGUAACGCGUCGCCGGACAUCUUUAGCACCUUCUCUGCAUUUGGUGCUGGUAGCGAGACGCUGGCCGUGGGCGAAGUUGUCGGCGCGGCUUCAUUUAUCUCGUCCGUCGUUAUUGGAUCCAUGACCAUCGCGAGGCCCUUUAAAGUGAGCCCUGCGCCGUUCUUCCGGGACACCAUAUUCUUCACAGGUUGCAUUUUAUUCACAUUAUACAUGGUUUUGUCCAAAAGGAUCACAUUUGUCCAGAGUGUGAUCCUUAUCGCGGCCUAUAUCUCCUAUGUCAUAAUCGUCGUGUUCGGUAAUUUGAAGAACGCACGCCUUACCCAACAAUCGCUGGCAGGUCCAGAGGUCGAUGCUACGGUGGAACAGAAUGAUGCUGAAAGUGCUCACUCUUCGAAACGCGACGACGAGAUUGGUUCUAUCGAAAAUGUUCGCGGUCAAAUGGCCCAAGAUCUCGACGCUGGCCUCGAGUCUGAUACCCACAUGAUGGCAAUGUCUCCUCCUUCUAAUAUCGUGGCACCAUUCAAUCCAAGCUACAACUCAAAGUCUUCAGCUAGACGCUGUCCCGCAAUCCUAAUUGAACAGGCUCAACCACCCGUAAGCCUAGUCAUGACACAGAAUAAGCGAAAGGGAUAUAUUGCUGUCCGCAGGGAGAGUGCCGAUGUGAUUCACGUAUUAAAGCCGUCGCAGGGUGACGACCCGAACCACGACCCAAGCUAUACCCAGUUUCAACAGGCCCUGCUCCAUCACUCUUUGAUUCUGCCUGAUCGCAGUGACCCGUCGAACAGACCAAGGAGUCCUAUCUUUCAAGUACCACCAGGCGGGUCUUUCCAAGACAACAUUCCAGUGGUUUCACGCAGACGACGGUGCACAUUAUUCUUCAACGAAUGGUUCAUGCCCGUAUACUUUCCAACACUACUAGCGUGGAAUGAAAAGUCGUGGAUCCUCAAGAUCCUCGCCGUAGGGUCUAUCCCUAUCGUGUUCAUGUUGACCCUGACCUUGCCUGUGGUCAAUAUCUCUGAGGAUAACACGCGAGAUGCUGACAUUCCUCGCGUACAACAUGCCCAAGACGAAUCAAGGUCGUCCGAGGACACAUUAGGCAGCAAUCAGAGCAUCGAAGAAAGAGCGUACAAUGGCUGGUGCCGAGUGGCGACAAUGGUCCAAAUGAUCGCCGCACCAGUCUUCAUCACAGCAGCUAUUACUAGUGCAGCUGGUAAGAGUCCAGUGAUCGUCCUUGCCGCCUUUGGCGUUGGAGUUAUCAUGUCAGUAUUGCUCUUUUUCUUCAGUACGGAAGAGAAGCCGCCUCGAUUCUAUGAGGCCCUGGCGUUCCUCGGUUUUCUGGUGGCCAUGGCAUGGAUUUUUGUCGUAGCGAAUGAAGUCGUUGGGAUUCUACAGGCGUUUGGCAUGAUCUUGGGCAUCAGUGAUGCGAUCCUUGGGCUGACAGUGUUUGCCAUGGGAAAUAGCCUGGGAGAUCUCGUUGCCAAUAUCACAAUCGCGAAGAUGGGUUUCCCUCGCAUGGCGUUCUCGGCCUGCUUUGGCGGCCCCCUUCUUAACAUGCUGCUGGGUGUAGGGAUUAGUGGCACAUAUGUAACUCUGACCACAGGGUCGCCGAUUACCCUAGACGUCUCUCCCACGCUCCUGGUGUCCCUAGGAGGGGUGCUGGUAUCGAUGCUGGGAACGAUGGUGGUGGUGCCGAGAUGCGGAUAUAUGCUGUGUCGGUGGUGGGGCUUCAUCCUGGUGGGUGUGUACGUCGUUUGCAUGGUCACGAACGUUGUCCUCGAGGUCAGGAUGACCGCAGGAUCCUUGCACUGAGCAACCCCUCGUCCUUGUAAACAAAGAUGCUUGUUGCUAUUUGGCUCAACAAAUCAAUCAACCAAAUCAACCGCGGGGUUGUACAUAUAGCCUGCUUCUAGUUUAAAUAAUAAAUAGAAUAGGCCUUAUGGCACUUCGAUCAACCAAA